GUCCGACAAAUAUAUCAGCGUCAAGGACACCGCUGCAGAUGGCACGGCCCAGGUGGUUGUUGUGGACAUGCACAACAACAAUGCGGUGAGCAAGCGCCCCAUGAAGGCAGAGGCGACGCUCAUGAAUCCACAGGACAACAUCAUCGCCCUCAAGGCAGCCACGGAGGGCCAGCCUGGGCACUUCGUUCAGAUCUUCAACUUGGACACGAAAGAGAAGCUGGGAGUGUACCAGUGCCCCGAGCAGAUUGUCUUCUGGCGCUGGUUGGCACCAAGGCUUUUGGCCUUGGUUUGCUCUCAGGACGUAUUCCACUGGAACUUGGCCACCGCCAACUCCCAGCCGGAGAAAAUCUUCCAGCGCGCUGGGAAGCUGGCGGAAUCGGGCACCCAGAUCAUCAACUACACAGCCAACAGCCAGGUGUCCUGGUGCCUGCUGACGGGCAUCUCCUCACAGGACCAGGGCAGGACCAUUGACGGCAACAUGCAGCUCUAUAGCGUGGAGCGGAAGCAGCAGCAGCUUUUGGAGGGACACGCAGGCAGCUUUGGCAACGUUUUUGUGGACGACGGCGGCGUGCGUGCCGGGGUCUUCGCUUUCCAGGAGAGGAAGGCCGGCACCACCCAAACCAAGCUGCACGUCAUGGACAUCCUGAAGAACCGCGGGGAGUCUGCGCCGCCCUUCAAGGUGCAGGUGGAGAUCGCCAUGCCGCCUGAGGCGCCCUCGGACUUCGCGGUGGGCCUGCACUUGAGCGAGAAGCACGGCGUGAUUUUCAUGAUCACCAAGGCCGGCUAUCUCUUCAUGUUUGACGUCGCCACGGGAACCAUGCUGGUGCGAUCCAGGGUCUCUCAGGAGACCGUGUUCAUCACGGUGGGCAGCGCUUCCAGCGGUGGCAUCCUUUUUGUGAACAAGCGCGGUGCCGUGAUGAGUGCCAAGGUGAACGAGAACGCCAUUAUCAACUACAUCAUGAACCAGCUGGUGCAGAUCCCGAACCGACAGGACAUCGCCUUCAACAUGGCGAAGCGUUUCGGCCUGCCUGGAGCGGACGAGCUGUUUCAGCGGCAGUUCAGCACGCUCUUUGCCUCCGGGGACUACAAGGGCGCCGCCCUGAUCGCUGCGCAGUGCAAGAGCGGGCUGCUGCGGACUCCGCAGACCAUCCAGCAGUUCAAGAGCGUGCAGGCGCCACCGGGACAGUCCUCGCCGAUCCUGCACUACUUCUCCACGCUGCUGGAGCACAACAAGCUCAACGCGCUGGAGUCUGUGGAGCUGGUGCGGCCUGUGGUGCAGCAAGGCCGCCGGGAGCUCAUCGAGAAAUGGCUGAAAGAGGACAAGCUGGAAUGCACAGAGGAGCUAGGCGACAUUGUGCGGCCUUUGGAGACAAAGUUCGCCCUGUCCAUUUACUUGCGGGCGCAGAUUCACCAGAAGGUGAUCCAGUGCUUUGUGGAGCUGGGGCAAAUCGACCAGAUCGUUGCAUACGUGAAGCGAGUGGGCUACCAGGCGGACUACUCGCAGCUGCUGCAGAACAUGGUGGCCAGUAACCCGGAGGGUGCCACCAACUUUGCCAAGAGCCUCCUGGAGGGACAGAACGGAGUGCCGCUGAUCGACAUCAACCAGGUGGUCAAGGUCUUUAUGGACCAGAACAGGCUGCAGGAGACCACCUCUAUUCUUUUGGACGCCCUGAAGGCCAACAAGCCUGACCAGGGCCACUUGCAGACUCAGCUGCUGGCCAUGAACCUGCAGCAGGCGCCCAAGGUGGCUGAGGCGAUCCUGCAGAUGAACAUGUUCACCCACUACGACCGCGCCUACAUUGGCCAGCUCUGCGAGAAAGCGGGCCUCAUGCAGUGGGCUAUGGAGCACUACACUGAUGGGUCUGACCUGAAGCGUGUCAUGAUGCAUGCUCAUCAGAUGACGCCCGAGUUCUUGAUCCAGUACUUCUCGCGGCUCGCACCAGACACCGCCUUGGAGUGCCUCACGGAUCUCAUGCGUCACAACCGACAGAACCUGCAGGUGGCGGUGAAGGUGGCCAUCCAGUACCACGAGCAGAUCGGAGCAGUGAAGAUUGUCGAGAUGUUUGAAAGCUUCGGGUCCAACGAAGGCAUUUUCUACUUCCUCGGUGCAAUUUUGAACACCAGCACCGAUCCGGAUGUGCACUUCAAGUACAUUCAGGCGGCCAGCCGUGUGGGCAACAUGCAGGAGGUGGAGCGGGUCUGCAGGGAGUCGCAGGUCUACGAUCCUAGCGCCGUGAAGAAUUUCCUGAAGGAGGCCAAGCUGCCGGAUCCUCGGCCGUUGAUCUACGUCUGCGACCUUCAUGACUUCGUGGAGGAGAGCUCACAGACUACCUCUACAAGAACUCGCUGA